UAUUUCGAUAAACUCAAACGCAACUUUCGUAAUUCGUACGUGCCAGUUGCAAUGCGUUCUGUAAUCGUAGUUUGACAACAGUUGAACUUGAGCUGCAAGUGAAUAUUCCACUGAAGUUAUCUGGAGUGGUUCCCUAAACUCACCCUGGACCUUUGCAAUGGCCUUUGCAAUACAAUUACGCUUUAAACAUCUGACACAUUUGUUGCCAAAAGGAAGAAUAUCUGUUAAUAUGAGAAGUGUACUUGGGUGUAGAGUCUCUCUAAACUCGACAUCAGCUGUGUCUCGACACAGACUAGAAGCAGACUCGUAUAAGACACGUUAUGUUUCUUCAAUUUGUGUUUCAUUGAGCAUAUCAUGCCAGCAGCCAGUAUUCAAAACAGUAAUCCCCCACACUUCAUGUUUUCGUUCUUUUUCGACAAAUCGGCAAUUAUCAAGGGAGAGCCAAAACAAUGAGGCUUCCUUUAUUAGUAAGACACAAGUGACAUCAUCCGUUCUGGACGGGGAGAUAAUUGGCAUGGCCAUGUGGUCACUAGGCCUUGGCGCUGUGGGUGCUGCCAUUGCUGGCAUAAUACUUGCAAACACUGACUACCUGCUGACCAAACCAGCACCUGCUACACUGGAGUACUUGGAGAAUGUUGACCUCAGAUCCAUAGAUGACGAUGAGAAGACUCUUAAAGCUAAAAGUCUCUGGGAGAAAUCUGGUGCCGUGAUCAUGGCUGUACGACGACCUGGAUGAUUUUUGUGCAGAGAGGAAGCCUCUGAGCUGUCCUCUCUGAAACCUCAGCUGGAUGAGCUCGGGGUCCCUCUGUAUGCGGUUGUUAAGGAGAAAAUGAGUACAGAGAUUCAAGACUUCAAGCCUCACUUUGCAGGGGAAAUCUUUUUAGAUGAAAAGCAAGCUUUUUAUGGGCCACAGCAGAGAAAGAUGGGUGGGCUUGGUUUCAUCCGUUUGGGGGUUUGGCAGAACUUCAUAAGGGCAUGGAAGUCAGGUUAUCAGGGCAACAUGAAUGGAGAAGGUUUCAUCCUUGGAGGAGUGUUUGUCAUCGGAUCUGGCAAACAGGGGGUUCUUCUAGAGCACAGAGAAAAGGAAUUUGGAGAUAAAGUCAGCAAUGAGUCUGUUUUGGAGGCUGUUAAGAAAAUUGUAGUAGAAAAGUAGGUUGAAAUUUAUUAGACGCAAAAGUUCACUACAGCUGAAGAUAAGUUCUCCUGUGUACUUGAGUCACAAUUCAUAGACAUAAACCUCAUCAUGCCUCAUUCCUCCUACUAAUGCUGUGAAUCAAGACAAACACUCAGUUAUAUAGGUACUUGGCAUGGAUUAGUAUACAUUAAGAAUUAAAUGACAAUGCCACAGAUUAGCUUGUAAAGUAUUUUUGUAGGCCAACCUGGAAGAUCGCGGGAUGCAGGUUCCCUCACUAAAAAGACCAUUCAUUUUUCUUAUAGACUUUUGGAUUAUCGCAAAAAUAUUUACAAAAGUUUAUGACACUUUACAGCAAGAUAAUCUUCACAGAUAUACAAAAAUUUUAUGAAAUGCAUUUAGACUCAUAAAACUUUCAAAAAAGUUGUGUUCAUCUGUGAAUAUUAUCUUGCUGGACAAAAAGAUUAAUUGUUUAUUUUUGUUAAACACAAGACCUUAUUUUUUUGCGAUAAUCCAAAAGUCUAUGUGAUUAAUGGCCUUUUUAUGUGAUUCUAGGUGAUUAAUGGGCUUUUUUAAAAAUGAAUGGGCUUUUCGGGGAGUGAACCAGUGUCCAGUUCAUUUCUGGGGUUGGCCUACAAAAAUACGCCAUCCCUGCGGCACUCUAUUUAUGUGGCCUCAUUAAAAUGUGCACUAAGAAUAAUAAUAAUAUUGUGUAACUGAGCAAAGAACAAGAAUAAUAAUAUUUGUUGUUGUUGCACUUUAAAAGUAGCUUGUCAGGAAUCAUUGCAUGAUUGUUUUUCACUGCAUUGGAUUUCUUUGAUUGCCUGCUGCGCUGUACUGGUGGUUUAAUGGUGGUAUGUGUAUUAAUGAUAGUCUGACUCUAAACUCUAUGUUGGGUGAGCAGAUUUGAUGCCAACACAUAUUUACAUACCUGCUUGUUUGGUCAGUGAGCAGCUAAAGGUUUCAAGGCAGUGGAGAUUACAAUGAGCAAUAAACAUGCUACUACAUCAAACAAA